AUGACGACGACCGUUGCGCCGUCCUUUUCACGGACCACCGCCAUCACCACACUCUCCUCCUCAACCACCCUCCUCCCAUCACCGUCCUCACUCACCGUGCUCGUCCACAACGGCUUCGACGGCACGUCCGACUUCUUCCCGUUCCACGACCUCGCCAAGGUCGGCGGCUACACCAAGGACGACCUGACCUUUCGCGACCUGCUCCGGGACGGCAUCGACGGCGGGCCGGUCGUCGACCUGUACCUCUCCGGCUGCCGCCGCGUCCACGACCGCACGCUCGACUGCCCGGCCGCCUGCAGCGACACGGCCCUCUACUUUGGCUCCUUUGAGACGUUUUACAACUGCGCCGCGCUCGCCGCCAUUGCCCACUGGACGCGCGACGUCGGCGCGUACCGCAUCGGCGCCGAGGCGGAGCGCAACGCCAGCGUGCUCAUGGCCGGCGCGUCGCUGGCCGACUUUCAGGCACGCCCAGUGUUGGAGGCCUUUGCGGCGUGCGCGGCCGAGUCGUGCAGCGAGGACCAGCUCUCGGUGCCGUGCGACGCCGCCGUCGCUUCGCUGUCGCGCAACUCGUCGUCGGACGCCAUCUUCUCCGCCAUGGGCAACUUUUGUCCCGAGCUGCGCGCCGAGAUCAACCCGGACAUAUUCGGCCCCGGUGUCCUCAUCUCGUACGUCCUACAGGUCGUCUUCUCCGGCUCGCUCUACCUCUUCCUAAAAAUCUUCACCUUUUGGGUCGGCUACUCGCAAAAGCCCGCCAAGCGGCCCACCUCGGAGCGUCUCGUGCGGCGGCUCACACGCAUCGAGUCGAUGCUCUGGAAGGACUCGUCGGCGCUGUCGCGCACCAGCAUCGCCAUCGCCGCCACGCUCGUCGAGUUCCAGGAGGCGCAGUGCUGGUUCGUGUUUGCGGUGCAGAUUGCGUCCAUCCUCGCCAUCGUGGUCAACUCGCAGGAAGGCAGCUUUUGGGGGGAAAUCGUCGUCAACUCGGCCGUCGCGUUUCACGUGUCCCAAAACGGCAUCCUGCCCAUGUUUCUCGUGCAAAUCUGCCUGCACAACGAGGGCAUCCGCAACUGGCACACGUUUCUCGGCUUCUGCACCGAGUACCUGCUCGCCAUCAUCGCCACCACGCAGCGCGUCUCGUUUGGCGGCAGCGUCGACCUCUUUCGCGGGCAGCACGCCGUCGCGGCGUGCGGCGGCAACCCCAGCCCGCGCACCUACUGCGCCAGCAGCGCCGGCGUCGACGGCCUCACCCUCACCUUCUUCCCGCACCCGCUCGUGUACAAGCUCGUGUUCCUGGUGCUCGACACCGUCGCCAUUGUCGCCCUCAGCGUCGACCAGCUCGCCUGGACGCUGCGCACACACCGCCGCACCCGCCACUGGACGCUCGGCGCCCACGGCCUCGGCCGCUGGCCCGACGGCCCGCUCAAGCGCCACUGGGUCCGCUGGUCCGCGUGGUUCUGGCACGGGCUCGAGUUUACCUACCUCGUCAUCAAUGUCCUGUACCUCGUGUCGCUCAGCAAAGUCAUCAGCAACGACAGCUUCCGCGCGAACCGCUGGUCGUACGGCCAAAUCAUUGCCAUGACGGUCUGGGGUCCCGUCAUUGUCAAGCUCUUUUCCCUGAUUCUAUCUGGCCCGCCGAAAAACGGCGAGGGCCUCAAUUCUGGGCCCCCGAGGCUGCGCAUCGACAAUGUCCUCAACCAUCGACAGGCCGACACGGCCGACGACGGCAUGAGCGCGUCCUCGUCCGCGCGAUGGCUCCCGCCACCACCGCAGCAGCAGCAGCAGCGCAAGCUCGCCAUGUCGCAGAGCCCAGACACAGACGGGGGCGUGAAUGAAGAAGCGGACAUAGAGACGCCGCCGCCGCCAAGAAAACGAACGAUACGACAUGAAUGA